ACUUAAUCGGCAUGAAGGAAGAAACCAACUGAUUUAAACAGAGACAAAAAAGGUAAUAGAUUGGAACAAGAAGAUGAGAGAGGUUGAGAUGAGAAGGGCAAGCUGGGUAAAGAGCUGGGAAACAGGAGGAGAGGGGGAUAAUGAUGACAUUUAAGACAGGACACAGGAGGAAGUUUUACUGAAAGAGUGUUCAGGAGCCUGCUGGAAGUAAAGGAGAAAGGAAAGACUCGGUCUGAGUUAAGUCAUGCCAGUUCAUGCCCUAUUUUACACUAGUACAAUGCAUAUCUGGGUUGAUGCAGCUAUUUCUGGGCACAGUGCUGGCCCUGCAGGCCCGCAGGCGGCGGCCCAAGCAGCCGGCGGCGGCGGGCAGGAGGGACAAGCCGCCCCACAAGAAGGACAUGCUUGACUGACGUUUGACAGACUGCUGUUUAACCACCCUGAUGAGUUGUGUUUCAGAAGCAAAACCAAACUUAGCUGGAUGGUUGGUGUUCUCAAGCUUCUGGUUUUCCACCUGAGAUCUCCUGCAGCACAUCUUUCCUUCCUAUCACGUGCCACUGUUCUCCGUAUCCCCUGCUUUUGCCCGUUUUCCUUGUUGUGAAGGUUCAAUGAAAUGAAGUUUUAAAAUGGUAGUAGUGUCACUGUGGCUUGUGAAUAAAAUAUCAUUGGUGAGUUCUCAGUAAAUGAUCUUCCAUUUACCUCUGUAGAAGUGAGGCAAAGGCUGCCAUUAGAGGUCUGUACUGUCUUUUAAAUCAUCCCCGCUAUUCCUUGGUGUUAAUGGGAACAAAGUUGAACUACUAGCAGCAUCAUGCUGAUGACAGAUGUCCGUCUUUUAGAGUUAGCUUAGCUUAUCAUUGGGUAUGAACAGGUGGUGGCAGCUGUUUUGAAGGAAGAGAGGUUUUUCUUUGGAAUUUUAUUGAUAAAAGUAUUAUUUUUCAACCUCAGCUGAAACACAGGGAAAACUCAUUUUAGAAGGAUCACAGUGAUAUUAUUAUGAAAUAUUAUUUAAAAGUAUCAGUGCAGAUGAUUCCUGCGGACUUCUGAGUAUAUAGGAGAUGUGAAAAAUCAGUGUUUCUGUAUCUCUGAGAUGUGAAAAGUCAGUGUUUCUGUAUCUGAGAUCACUAGGGAGCGAUCUGAAUAGGAGUAAAACUGAAAAUAUUAGUGUAAUCUCCCUAGGAGGGGUAUUUUUCAGUGUUAAACUAAUAUGAGAGCAGCUGAUUCUGCUAACAAAAGUAGACAACACUGGAGACUGUUUGGGAUGCUUGGGCACCCCUUGUAUUCUUCUCAGCCUGCCUCUUCUAGAUAUCUUGGAAUCAAACCCCAUGAAUGUGUGCAGACCUGAUGACAUGGAUAAAACUUUGACACAGUUGCUACACUUAAGCCAAGUGGGAAACUGGCAGAAACAAGGGGAACAAUUACCUGUUACAGAGAGACCUUCAAUUUUGUUUAUAAGAGAAGGUCAGAAAACGCAGACCAAAAAUUCCCCGAAGACUGCAUUGACUUUACACCAUUAAGAAAGUAACAAGCAAACUUAGUAUUAGCUUCUCAAAGUCUGCUGGAUGACAAUAUUGACAUUUGGCUUCAGUCCCGUUGUAUUCACUGCCACUUCUGACAGCCUUUUAUGUUUCUAAGGACUUGUAGGAAUUUCAAGUCAGCUCUGUUGUAAUCUUGAAAUUGCACGUGAAGUAAUCUUUCUAGGCUUAUUAAAGAGGUCUUACUUGAUGCAAAAAGGAAAGAUGCCUGCUUUGUACUUACUGAGUUUCGUCCUGUUGUAGUAGGACUAAACCAUUUAGGCCAGCCCUCUGUUUCUUUCUGGUCACGUAAAGCAGUUGGAAGACAAGAAGUUUCAUCACAGAGAAGCACCACCAGAGGUCUGAUUUCCAUUAAUAAUGGACUGCUGAACUUCUCUUCCUGAGCAUCAAAUAACAUGAAGUUGGGACACAAGCACUGUUUUCUUCAGAAGCUCAGCAACACCUGGAAGAAGGAUUUGUCCUGGGAAAUCAAGCAGAAGAUUGAGCUGCUGAUGUCAGUUAACUCUGAGAAGUCGUCCUCUUCAGAAAGGCCAGAGCCUCAGCAGAAAGCCCCCUCUGCACCUCCACCACCACCGCCGCCCCCGCCGCCACCCCUGCCAGAGCCCGCCCCACCAGAGCCAGAGGAGGAGAUCCUAGGGUCCGACGAUGAGGAGCAAGAGGAUCCCGCAGAUUACUGCAAAGGAGGCUAUCAUCCAGUGAAAAUUGGUGAUCUUUUCAACGGCCGAUAUCAUGUUAUUAGAAAGCUAGGAUGGGGACACUUCUCCACAGUCUGGCUAUGCUGGGAUAUGCAGGGAAAAAGGUUUGUUGCAAUGAAAGUCGUAAAAAGUGCCCAGCAUUACACAGAGACAGCCUUGGAUGAAAUAAAGUUACUCAAAUGUGUUCGUGAAAGUGACCCUAAUGAUCCCAACAAAGAUAUGGUUGUACAGCUAAUUGAUGACUUCAAAAUUUCUGGAAUGAAUGGAAUACAUGUCUGUAUGGUCUUCGAAGUACUUGGACAUCAUCUCCUAAAGUGGAUAAUCAAGUCCAAUUAUCAAGGCCUUCCCAUCCGUUGUGUAAAAAGUAUAAUUCGACAGGUACUUCAAGGUUUAGAUUAUCUCCACAGCAAGUGCAAGAUCAUUCAUACAGAUAUUAAGCCAGAAAACAUUCUGAUGUGCGUGGAUGAUGCCUAUGUUCGUAGAAUGGCUGCUGAAGCUACCGAGUGGCAGAAAGCUGGUGCUCCUCCUCCUUCUGGCUCAGCAGUGAGUACAGCUCCACAACAAAAGCCUGUUGGAAAAAUAUCCAAAAACAAAAAGAAAAAGCUGAAGAAAAAACAGAAGAGGCAAGCAGAGCUGUUAGAAAAACGCCUGCAAGAAAUAGAAGAACUAGAGCGAGAAGCUGAAAGGAAAAAAAUAGAAGAAAAUGUAACCUCAGCUGUACCAUCAAAUGAGCAAGAAGAUGAGUACCACCCAGAGGUGAAACUAAAAACAGCUGAUCUAGAAGAGGUAGUAGAUGAAGAACCUGGAAAUGAUGAUGGUGAGGCAGAAGAUCAGGAUGAAAAAGAAGACACAGAGAAAGAAAACACUGAGAAAGAUGAUGAUGUCGAGCAGGAACUUGUCAACAAUGACCCUACAGACCCUAAGUGGAUAGAAUCCCCCAAAACAAAUGGCCAUAUUGUCAAUGGCCCCUUCCUAUUGGAACAACAGAUUGAAGAUGAAGACGAGGAAGAGGAAGAAUGUCCAAAUCCAGAGGAGUAUAAUCUUGAUGAGCCAAAUGCAAAAAGUGAUUACUCUUAUAGCAGCUCCUAUGAACAGUUUAAUGGUGAAUUGCCAAAUGGACGUCAUAAAAUUCCUGAGUCACAGUUCUCUGAAUUUUCAGCUUCAGUGUUCUCUGGGGCUCUAGAGUCUGUAGCUUGUGGUUCUGCUGUUUCUGAAGGAUCUACUGUAACUGAAAGAGAGGAGAGCAGCCCAUCUCAUGACAGGAGCAGAACAGUUUCAGCUUCAAGCACUGGAGAUCUGCCUAAAACAAAAACUCGUGCUGCUGACUUACUGGUGAAUCCACUGGACCCAAGAAAUGCAGAUAAAAUUAGAGUUAAAAUUGCUGACCUGGGGAAUGCCUGCUGGGUGCAUAAACACUUCACAGAGGACAUCCAGACAAGACAAUAUAGAUCCAUAGAAGUUUUAAUAGGAGCAGGUUACAGUACACCUGCUGAUAUCUGGAGUACUGCAUGUAUGGCGUUUGAGCUAGCAACUGGAGAUUACUUGUUUGAACCACAUUCUGGUGAAGACUAUUCCAGGGAUGAAGACCACAUAGCACACAUCAUAGAGCUGCUAGGCAAUAUCCCAAGGCACUUUGCUCUAUCUGGAAAAUAUUCUCGGGAAUUCUUCAAUCGCAGAGGAGAACUCCGACACAUUACCAAGCUGAAACCUUGGAGUCUUUUUGACGUGCUUGUGGAGAAGUAUGGUUGGCCUCACGAAGAUGCUGCACAGUUUACAGAUUUCCUGAUCCCCAUGCUAGAAAUGGUCCCAGAGAAACGUGCUUCAGCUGGAGAAUGCCUUAGGCAUCCAUGGCUGAAUUCUUAGCAGAAUCUCCCAGCUGUAGAAGUAAGCCAGCAACCACUUUCCAAUGCAUCGGACCUAAAUGGUGACUGUCACAAAUUCUUUAGCAGGAUCACACGUGAGCUGGCUUCAAUCCUCAGACCUUUAUUUUGCUUGAGGUACUGUUUGACAUUUUGCUUUUUGUGCACUGUGUUCUUGGGGAAGGGUAGUCUUUUUGUCUUCAGCUAGUAGUUUACUCACCCACUUUCUUCAGAAAACACUUUAAUGUGUCUUUAAGCAUUGUUUCUUGUGUUGUGUGGCAUUCAGAUGUCAGAUUUUUGAACAAAAGAAACUUCCCCCCAUGUGUUUUGGCAAGUUUUGUAACUAUUUAUGAAAAAAAUAUUUUAGCUGAUGCAUAUUAUAUAAUUUACAAGCGUAAGAAAUUUAUCAAGUCAGAACUGAGUUACGGCAAGGAAUUGUACAAUUUUAUCUUCUGGCAAAGGGACGUCAUUCUUGUAUUAUAGUGUAUGUAAAUGCACCCUGUAAAUGUUUAUUUCCAUUUAAAUAUGGGACUGGGGACUCAAUUUCAGAGUAAAGCUACUAAGUUUUAGAGAGCUUUAUAGCAAAUGAAUUGCAUGUAGUGGACUUUAAACUGCUUUAAGGAAUUGUGUAAACUUUCUAUUCUGUAGCAGUUCCCGUUCAUUGGAUUUUAAACAAAGUGGCUCUGGUUUACAGGAUUUCAUUCCCCAAAUGGCACUUUAAAGGAAGGCUAGACUUCUUUCUAAUAAAGUAUGCAUUAUCAUUUAGCACUCCCUUUUAGAACUUUUGCCUAUUUUAAGUGCUUUUAAGAAAAGAAAAUAGCAAUUUCCCUUACAAUGUGAUAGUGAAGACAUGGUACCAUAUGGUGUUGCCUUUUUAUAAGCACUGUAAGUUGUACUAUACCUUAAGAAAAAAAAUUAAAAGUUGAGCAUGAGAACCACUCUCUGUGUAGAAUUGCUGAUCUUUUAUAAUAAAAGUGUGUGCUUGGAAUCAGUUAAGGAAGGAUAGCUGCAAAUAAUUUACAGUGCAGUGGGUAAAAUGCAAGAAGCAAGAUCAUGCUCAUUCCAUUCAUAGCUUUACAUGUUUCUAAAACAAAUUGCACUAGCUUUAUUUUUUUCCCAUAACCAGACAUACGAUUAUUCUUUGUAAGUUGCACGCAAGAAUUACGUGUUUCCUAGGAAAAAAAGCUACAUAGACUGAAGCUUAUAGGCAAUACAGAUUUUAGAAUGUAAAAUACAGAGGUGUGUUUUGGCCUCUUUUAGAAGUCAGUGGGAUGAAUGUAAGCUUACUUCUGAUUUUCAUGUAACUAUGGUGCCACUUUUUCUUGACUUUGUCCAUAUGAAAUUUAUUCACAUGCCUUUGCAAUAACUAGAUUGUGAGAAGAUAGCCCCAUGCUGUAACAAUAACCAGUUGUUUGAGGUGCUUGCAGUUGUCUAAUUAAAGUGUUUUGUUUUUUCA